UUUGAUGAAGAGCUGCAGUCACCAGCAGGCAGAAUGUUGCGGCUUCGCUGUAAGACCAAAAAUGGGAGCCACAUAAUGCAAGGCUUGACUCAUCAGUCCUGUGUGCAAGAGCUGAAGAGGAAGGUGGAGGAGCUGACAGGGAUCCCCUGUGAUGUGCAGAAAAUUAUGGUCGGUUACCCUCCCUCCAGUCUCGAUCUUCAAAACGGAGACGCUCACCUCAAGGACUACCCCAUCAAAUCAGGUGACACACUCAUUGUUGAGGAAGAGAAAAACAAGCCAAAGCCUCAGGAUCAUUCCACUGUGACUAAAGCACCGCGCCUGGAAGCCUUGCCCAUCCUGGCACGUCGAGUCGUCCCAGCUGACAACUCUUGCCUCUUCACCAGUGUGUAUUAUGUGGUGGAAGGCGGUGUGUACGACCUCGCUUGUGCCCCCGAAAUGCGAGGCCUCAUCGCUCAAAUCGUGUCGAGUGACCCGGCGGCGUACUCCGAAGCGGUGCUGGGAAAGACCAACGAGGAGUACUGCUCUUGGAUAAGACGCGACGACACCUGGGGGGGAGCCAUCGAGGUGUCCAUCCUGUCCAAGUUUUACCAGUGUGAGAUCUGUGUGGUGGACACUCAGACGGUCCGAGUGGAUCGAUUCGGGGAGGACGCCGGCUACCACAAACGCGUGCUUCUCAUUUACGACGGCAUCCACUACGACCCGCUGCAGAAAGAGACCCCCGGCUCUGACGCCCCGCCCCAGACUAUCUUCUCCACCACGGAUGACGUAAUCCUGGCUCAGGCCCUCGAGUUGGCAGACGAGGCUCGCCGCAAGCGGCAGUUCACGGACGUUAACCGCUUUGCGUUGCGCUGCAUGGUGUGCCAGACGGGCCUGGUGGGACAAAAGGAAGCCCGAGAGCACGCCAAGGAUACAGGCCACACCAAUUUUGGCGAAGUGUGAAAGUCGUUAGUCUUUUUUCCCCUCUCACAAAAAACAACCACCAACCCCGUGCCCCACAUCUGGCGACUCUGUUGGUCUACUUGUCUGCUUGUGUGAUCCUCUACCUCACAUUGUCCAGUGACAUCUAUGGAGAAUCUGCAGACUGCGUGUUAAGCCUCUAACCUGUUCAGUAUUACCUUUUUAAACUGCUGUCAGUUCUCAAAUUCAGAAACACUACUGCAAACACUCCGAUGUCAUUAAACCAUCAUUUUAGUCCGCUAGGGAUGGUUUCAACUCCGUUAAACUGGGUCAAGUACAAUUUGCAAAGAAGUUCUUAGGAUUUGUUUUAAACAGUAAAGAUUUAUCUAUGUGUGAGACAAAGCUAAUAGUGGCUAAUGUGUCUUCAAUUAGAAAAAUGAAUCAAAUUGUCACUACUUACUUGUGACGACACCACUAUUUCGCUCUAUGAAGAGUUUAAAACAAACCACUAAGAAUUAUUUUCACAAUGACGUGACCAUAUUCACUGUUGUCUUAAGCGCAGUACACCAAGUUUGACUGUUAUUCAUGAUGUUGGUUAUGUAGCAUGUUUGUUAUUUUUUUGUUUUUUAUUUCCCUCGUCGUCAGAUGUCAGAAACUCUUCCAAUACUAAAAAAACCCCCAGAUAAUUUGGCCAAAUUUUAGAUGUCUGAUUGUUCAUCUCAGUUAGACUGUGACUGCUAAGCUGGAUUCAUCUAAUGUGCUGUUUAGGUUUACUGUGCAAAGGCAAUUGAGAUUGAGGUUAUGCAUUUUGAAAUACAAUAUCAUAUCGCAAAUUGUGAUCCAGAAUGAGCCUAAUUGCUUGGGGGGGGGGGGUUCUUUGGUUUUUUGGUUUUUUGUGACGUUGCAACAUCGUCUAUCAGUUUGCUUGUUUUAAAUUAGACAAAAAAUAAAUAAUGGUGCUGAAAACAAAACAUUUUACAAAAUAUGUAGCUGUUCUUUUUUCUUUUUUUUUCCUUUUUCAUGGGUACGACAAUUUUUUCAGGAGUGCAAUUUAUCAUUCUAGUGUGUCCUUUACAAAUGUCACCAUGCUGUGAGAACAAAUCUUUUAAAAAAGAAAUACAGUUUUGUUUUAUAUUACUAUGUAUUUUCUGAGAAAUGCUUCAAAGUGUUUUAAAGCAUUUAUUUCACAACACAGGUGUGUGGUGGGGGAGGGAGUGUGUAUGACUAGAAAUCGUGAGUAAGACAUGCUGUAUGAGAUAAAAGCCUUCUUACUUAAUGCAUUUACUGUUUCAGGUAUAGUUCUUACAUUAUGUGCUUUACUAAAUAACAUUAACUGCUUUCCUUUUAAGGUUAUUUUUCACCACACAUCAGCAGACCAAGACUAACUCUAGUCAGGGUGUUAGGGAACUUAAGUAAAAGGCCCGUUUCGGUUUCACAUGUAGUGCACGUUGUAGAAAAAAAAUGUGCCACUUGGUUCCACUGUAUGUUUCGCACAACUGGAGCAUGUUCUCACAUUAUCAGCAGAGGUCGGGUACCAUCUCUAAGCUAAUUCCUUUUAAUAGUCACUGCUUUUAAGGACGAAGCAUGGAGUUAUUUAUGUUAUAUAUCAGCUCAACAAGUUUUUCAGGUGGAGGUCACGAAGCUAAACGUGGAAGCCGAGUUCAUUGUGGCCUCAUCUUGUGCAGCACUAGUAUUUCUAUUUCACGGUCCUGUGAUGGCAAUAUUGGUUUUAAGUUGUUGCCAAAAAAUUUAAGUUUGACAAUGGAGGAUUUGUUUCUGGGUAUUGCUUUCAGAUUUAUUAUCUUGAUUCUGAGAUUGUGUUGGGGGUUAAGGAUAGGCAAAAGCAAAAAUGUCAUUAUUUCUUUGUUUGAAUGUGAAUUACUAAGAUUUUUCUUUUUCUUCCUCAUGUUACCUUUUAGUUAUUUUAACAGUGGUUAUGGUUUUAAUCAGCUUGCAUAAAAGUGAAACUAUGAAAUGGCUUUGUUGUAUUUUGUAUUUUACUAAGUUCUCAUGACUCUUCAAGGACAAUAACAAUGAAUGUUGCACACAAAGCACUACAGAAUAACUGGAUUUACUUGAUUUUUUUCAGUGUUG